AUGCGCCUAAAGCGGGAGUGGGCGCUUUGGAUGCUCUUAAGCCUCACCGCGCCUUGCAAGGAAGAUUCUCUGAAGAGGAGGCCCAGGGAACGCAAAGCGGCUAGGCUGCCUGGCGGCGUGGGCCGCGGGUCGGGGGUGAAGCAGCCCGGAGGCUGGGGAGGCGCGGAGCCCAGGGUGCGCCCCUGGCGUGGCCCUGGGAGAGGCCGGCCUGCGCCCUCGUGCAGCCUCAAGUGCCCGCCGCAGGGGUUUCCGCGGAAUGAAAAAGUUUUCAACUGCUUAUAUGCGAAGCCCAAAGCAAUUUUCAGGCUGAUUUGCUUCCCCUGGGCAGGAGCUGGUUCUCUUUACUUUGCUAAAUGGGGUCAAAAGAUUUACGAUUCACUGGAAGUGUACUCUGUAAGACUUGCUGGAAGAGAAAGUCGGACUGAAGAACCUUUCGCAAAUGACAUCGAUGAGAUAGUUGAUGAAAUUGUUUAUGCUUUGCUGCCAGUUGUCCAGGAUAAACCAUUUGCAUUUUUUGGCCAUAGCUUGGGAUCCUAUAUUGCUUUUAUGACUGCGCUGCACCUGAAAGAAAAAUACAAGCUGGAACCACUCCAUUUUUUUGCAUCAAGUGCAACUCCUCCCUAUUCGAAGGCCAAGAUUCCGAUUCCCAGUCUCCAUGAAUUGUCAGAAGAACAAGUUAAACGUUACCUUAUAGAUUUGGGAGGCAUUCCAAAGAGUUUAACAGAUAACCAGGAACUUUUGAAACAAACUAUUCCCAUGAUAUUGGCAGACAUAAACAUUUUAAGUAAAUAUAGCUUUGACACACCCCAGAAGGCUGUCCUUUCCUGUGACUUCACAUGCUUUGUCGGAUCUGAAGACAUCACAAAGGAUAUGGAAGCCUGGAAAAUUGUAACCAGUGGAACCUUUGACCUUCACGUACUGCCAGGAAAUCACUUUUAUCUUUUGGAACCUGCCAAUGAGCAUUUCAUCACCAACUACAUAACCAAGUGUCUGGAACUGUCUUUACUUGCCAACUUUUAGCUUUUCUUGGCCUUAAAGUAGUUGAAAGUGUUGGGCUAGGCAUGAUGAUGCACGCCUGUAAUAUCAGCACUUGGGAGACUAAGGCAGCAUGAUCAGAGUUCGGGGCAGCCUGGGCUACAUAGUGAGACUGUCUCAAAAAAAGAGAAGAGAUCACACUGUCCUCAGUUAUUCAGACAUAGCUCCUUAGUUUAGUCAGGUUGGAUAUUAUGCAUUUUCUCUUAUAGUGCUUUGUUUAAUAUUAAUGGAUCACUCCAUGGAACAUUUAUGUGUCAGAGGAUAAGAGACAAAUGGGUAAAGAAUGCUUCUGGCAGAGUCCUUUAUGUUUGUAUUUGAAACUCAGUUGAUUCUCAUUUGCGGGAAGGUUGUCAAAAAUGCUUGGCAAAUUACCUAUUUCUUCCUCUGAUAAUUUCUAUUGUUACUAUUUUGCAGUGGUGAGGACUGAACCCAAAGCCUCAUGCUCACCAGGCAGGUGUUCUACACUUUACCUUUACCAAGCACAUUCUCUGUACACAUCCCCAGGCCCCUUCGGUUACUUUAACGGUGUGAUUGCCGGGAAUUGCAUGGCAUUAAAAUCACUGUUUUGGC